GUCGCUCUUGUUUCCAGCCAAAAGCACGGUCGUCAGCAGCAAUAGCAGCUGCGAAUUAGUGGCUGAAUGAAAGCAUGUUAAGUGAAAAUUUUUUCUAGAACAUUGAUUCAGGUGUUAUAAAAGCUAUUUUCUUUGUGCGGCUAGUAGAAAGAUUUGUUAUUUCCGCUAUUCCCGUGAAAAUCUGGUGAAGUUGUGCAGCCCUACACGGUAGUGGAAAAUCGUGAUUUGACCUGCACGAGUUUUGCUCGCACACGGCUGGUACUCUGGCAGCGCAAGGUGAAUACUAAGGAAGAGGAAGAAGCAACAGAAGAAGAGCUGACCAGAGUGCGUGCAGACGGAAGAAAGCGAAAAAUUGCCUUUUUCGAGUUAAACGGCAGCGAACCUAUUUGAAAAUAGGCCAUGUCGACGCUACAUUUCGUGGUGCAUCCGCUGCCCGGAACGGAAGACCAGUUAAAUGACAGAAUCCGAGAAGUCGCGGACAAAAUCAACAAGUACGGAGUGCAAACAUUGCCAGCACUUCAAUCGCUAAAAGUUCCCGUAAAGCAAAUUGUGAUCGGUCCUGCCCAUUUGGGAAUUUUGCUGGAGGAUGGUCGAGCCUUCCGUGUGGCAUUUUCGAUUAUCCCCGAGCGGCUGGACCUAAGCAAGCAGGAUGCAAAUAAAACCGGUGGCAAUGCUGGCAAUGCGGCCAGCCAGUCGAACAACAAUUCGAAAAAUUCUCCGGCAUCGAGACAGUGCCGGACCCGGGCCCGUAUUAUGCGUACCAGUAAUUCGGUUCGAGGCGGCAGUAGUUCCCAAGGAUCGGGUUCACGCAGUACCGGUGUCAUAAUGGGCGGUGGAUCAUCCGGCAGCCGCUCGCUAGUGUCCGUUCCGGCUCCGUUCGUACCGGAAGAGCUGGUCACACAGGCGCAGGUGGUCCUGCAGGGCAAGAGCCGUAAUCUGAUCAUCAGAGAGCUGCAACGAACGAAUCUGGACGUUAAUUUAGCAGUGAACAAUCUGCUGUCGCGUGAUGACGAAGGCGGUGAUGACACCGAAGAAGGAAGCGAUAAUUAUGUGGCAGAGGAUUUGAUCUCACUACUGGACGGAGGUUUUCACGCGGACAAUAGUGUAAUCAUUGACGCCGAAGCAAUGUUCUCGGAGGAUAUGUUUGGGUUCUCGAACAUUCGGAAUUUGAUGUUAUACAGUCGUGCUCGUAGUGAACGAAAUCAGAACAGCUCCUCGUCGGCCGGUGGCUCCGGCAAUGGUUCCGCUGGCGGAGGUGGAGGUGGAGGAGGAGGAGGCGGCGGAGGCGGAGGUGGAAGCAGUGGUGCAGUUGCGGGCGGUGGAACAUCCGGGGUCAGCGCUGGCGGUGCUGCAGCAAGUGGAACCGAACAAGCUAACACUGGAUCAGUACGUCAGAGUAGCGGCGGUACAUCUGCGGUAAAUGUUUCCGGUGGCAACGGAACAGGCGGUGUAUCGGCUGUCGGUGUAGCCGGGACUGCCGGUGUUGCCAGCAGUGGAAGCGGUGCUGGUGUUGCCGGCGGUUUAAGCAGUGCCGACCGGGAAGGAUUCGGACGCUGGCGAGAUCGACAGUAUUUCGGACCGCGUCGUUGGUUUCAAAGUGGCCGAGAGGACGGAUGGGACAAAGAAAGUGUUAAACUUUACUAUACUUUAGAUCCAAAAAAGAAAGAAUAUUCAUCUGGCUACCCGUUGUGGGUCUCGGAUGAGCUGGAAGCGUGGCCAGAGAAGGAGCAACCGAUUCGGUUCACCGAAAUUGCUUCCCUGUAUACGGAAUUCAUCGGGGUAACCAGCAAGGGUGAGCUCCACCAGUGGCGUUGGGCUGAUGUGGAACCAUACCGGAGUAGCGAGUCCAACAACAUCUUUCAUCCGAAAACGGUCCCGUUGAAUCUGUUGUACGAGAAAGUAACGCACAUCUCGGCGACAUCGAUCCGUUGUUCGGUGUCUACCGAGAGUGGUCGGAUUGCUACUUGGAUGGAUGAACUGCUGGGUUAUGCGGGAAACAAAUUGGAACACGUAGCGACAAGCUACCCGGAGUUUGCUCUGGAUAAGAUUGUCUCACUGCACACCUGCACGCUGUACACGGUAGCAAGAACGGAAAGUGGUGAAUUGUUUUGGUGGGGUGUUUUGCCUUUCGGUCAGCGCAAGCGUCUCUGGGACAAGUAUAAAGCAAAAGCUAAGAAACCUGUUCGACCAAGCGUAAACGCACCGGAAGUGACUGUGGGUGCUCAAGUGUGUAUGAAGAACAGUCCCAUGUAUCAGCACGGUGCAAUCGGAUUCACGAUAUCGAACGGUGUCCCGAAGGUUGGUCAACUGUUGAACGCAGCCUGGGAUUUGACCAACAUCUGUCGGUUCAAGUUGCUUUCAAUGUCUACACUUUCACAACAGUUGGGCCUAGUGUCUGGGCCAAUCCCGGUCAGUUCCAAUAGUGGAAUUAUCGCUCAACCGGUGGAAACAAAGGAAAAACCACCCAGCACCGGGAGCGGUAGUAGCACAAAGCAAAGCUCCGGUGGUAACAAUAAGGAAACGGCCGACCGAAUGGAUAUGCCACCACCACCGUCGCCGGCGUCCAGUACCUGUAGCGAUACGGGCAGUGUAAGCAACUCGCACAAACGACAGAAACGAAUGGCUCCGAAGGAGGAACCCGACCCGAAGAAAGACGAAGAGCAGUGGCUUUUGAAGGAUGUCAUCUUCGUGGAAGACGUUCGUUCGGUUCCGAUCGGACGAGUGCUGAAAGUGGACGGUGACUACGCGGCUGUAAAGUUUCCCCCGUUGCUUUCGGCUGGCAGCGGAGCCGGCAGUUCGUCCGGUGGGGGAGUCGCUAGCAGUGGCAGUAACUCGAAGGAUAAAUUUGACGAUACAAUCGAAGCGUGGCAGGAUUGCCGUUUACUGCGAAAAGAUGACCUACAGGUGAUAAAAUCGGCUACGACCUCUCGGGUGCCGGAUUGUUUCCAGAAGAUUCCGAGAAGAAUUGUGCUAAAUCCGCACCUACCGAGUGGAGAAUCGGGAUCCCAACUGUUGACGAUUGCCGUGGAUUCCAAGGGUAUUCAUGCGAUUAUGAAAACCGGCACGAAGCUGCACUAUUGUCUGUUUAAUUUGAACACCGGUCGUCAGGAGCAGGACAGCGUAUUUCCAACGGACAUUUCCUCAUUUCUGGGUGCUUCGGCACAGAAUGUGUCACUGACCUGUGCUGGUGAUUGUUCGGAUAGCGUCCUGUUGUUACGAGACGGAAAUAAUACCAUCUAUCCGAUGGCGAAGGAUUGCGUGGAUGCCAUUCGGGAUCCAAGUUGGUUGGAUUUGCCACCGAUCAAGUGCAUAGCAGCUGCAUCAUUGACACUUCCAUCCGUGGGAGUGAAUCUGAAGUCCCAGGUAGCGUUGGUUGUGCUGGCACCCGAACAGCAGCAGUUAAUGUCCCGGAUUUUACGAUGUGACAUCGAAGGCGUCCGUCACGUUUUAACGCAGCUGGGCGAUGAAUUGAAGAGUCAGCUAGUAUCGGUUAUAUCGGAGCAUACCGAUAGGAACAGAAACAUUAUUCAUGCGUGUAUUAGCAUAUGCUCUCCGACUUCCAACAAAGACUCGGAUCAGGAUCUGCUAGCUCCGGGUGCCUCCAGUUCCGGGACCACCAACAGUGCUUCGGGAGGUCCGGGCUCGAAUACAGCUGGAUUGGAGUGCAUAAACGUGAUAACGAAUACCAUGAUGGGAAAUCGUCCGGUCAGCAUAAGAGAAAUAAUGCGUCGUAGUGUUAAUCGUGAAAUUGACACCUCAAACUCUAACAGUGCUCCUCUGCCACCCGGAAGUGAUGAGGCACCGGGUGGAUCAAUGCCGGUGGUUUAUUGGCCUCCCGAAUAUGACCCUACCAGUGGCGAUGAAGAUAGUAUGAGUGGUUUAAAUGCACCGCAAUCUCACAAAGGUCUUAACGAAAUCUACAUUUCCGAUCCCAACGAACGUCGGGCGAAUGCACUGCAAAUUGUACAACUUCUUUGCGAAAGUUCGGUGCUUCAGCCAUACCUGAGACAACUUCUGUGCGCAAAAGACGCCCAAGGACAGACGCCGUUUAUGCUGGCCGUCACGUGCCGUGCCUAUCAAGCGGGAAUCAUUGUGUUUAAUGCUAUCCUUAAAAUCGCCAACGGAGAUGCCAGUCUGCGUGAUUCUAUGAUCUUUCCACCGGGAAGUGCUCCCGAUCAGUCACCGCUGGGAACUCUCUGCUGCAACGAUACGUGUUCGUUUACGUGGACCGGAGCCGAUCACAUCAAUCAGGACAUCUUCGAGUGUCGCACUUGUGGGCUGACGGGAUCUCUGUGCUGUUGCACGGAAUGUGCCAAGGUUUGCCACAAGGGUCACGACUGCAAACUAAAGCGAACUUCUCCGACGGCGUACUGCGACUGCUGGGAAAAAUGCAAAUGUAAAGCGUUGAUUGCUGGUAAUCAAACGAAACGCUACGAACUGUUGUGCAAAAUGGCCACCGAUACGGAUCUCGUCACGAAAUUUAAUUCUCGUGGCGAAUCUAUUCUGCUAUUUCUGAUCCAAACCGUCGGUCGUCAGAUGGUCGAACAGCGUCAGUAUCGUGCCACUUCCCGGGUGAGAAAUUCCGGAAACGUUAGAAAAACACCAUCGCUGGAGGCCGACAGCGAUAUGCCGGAACAUGAUUUAGAACCACCACGCUUCGCUAGGAAAGCACUGGAUCGAUUGUUGAAUGACUGGCCGGCGGUACGUUCGAUGAUUAUGACGGGAGCUGAGCUGGAAAAACCCAUCGUGCCGAAUCCGGCACAACCGUUCUACGACGACGACAAUCAGCAAGUCUAUCUACAAUCGCAAAGUGGCACAACACUGCUGGAUAAAUUCACUCAUAGUCUAAUUGUAAGAUGCAGUAAUGAUCCGCUGGAAAAACUCCUAGUUACUUUGGUAAAUGAACUGCAAAACGAAACCAUACCGAGUCGGAUCGAGGAAGCCCAAAAGGUAGCCCGGCGAUUCGUACGCUCGGUUGCACGCGUAUUUGUGAUAUUCAGCAUCGAACGUUUCCACAAUCCGGAGAAGACUAGAAAUUCUACGACCCAAGCGAAACAUUUGCAGGCCUACCGGAGAGUUUUUACGACACUGUUCAAGUUUGCCAUCGAAGAGCUAAUUGAAAUUUCCGAUGCGUUGAUAACUCCGGUGCGGCUGGGAGUGGUCAAACCAACGGCUCCCUUCUCGUUGUCAUCCAGCAGCGUUGAUAGUACGGAUGAUCUGUUCUCGGUAGAACCACUGGCACCGCCGACAAAUCGAAGUUCGAACAUUGUCGAUAUUAGUGCCGGCAGUGCCCGCGGAGAACCGGCCGAAGGUGAGCGGAACUCCAAUUCUGGGUUCAUGUCUCGUAUCAACCUACGUCUGCGUGAUAUCGAAGAUAACAACGAUGCGGAUGCAAUGGUUCAGGACGACGGAGAAACGUCGGAACAGGAAGAGAUGUCCGAACGGGAACAACCGCCUCCGAGAAGAAGUUCCGGUGUUCGUGCGGUUGCCAGUUCAGCCGCUAUCAGUGCCACCGAGGAGGAAUCACAGGAUCCGUUGAGAAACGAAGAUGUAGCGCAAGGGGAAAGCGAUACCGAGUUCAAUUUCCACGAAGCCGAAACCGAAUCGGACUCGGACGAUAAUCAGAGCACACAGGACGCGCAGCGAAGUGUGCAAACCGGAGCAACGGCGGGAUCGGACACAGGUCUGGCAAUGCUGUUCGACAACGAAGAUGACUCAGGCGAUUCGAGCCAACCGGAUGACGAAGGAUCGGAGGAUGGUGAGAGCGAUGAUCAUUCGCACGAAGAUUUCAGUUUAGGCGAUGAACAACUGGAGCGUAGACAAACUACCAGCGGUAAUCAGCGUACGAAUUUGGCUCCUCAAUCGAUGCAGUGGGCUAUCCGUAGUCGGGAUACGGCUGGACCGGAGCGUGUUCGCCUAACUACUGGAGGAUCCAAUUUGGUUUUCAUCGAUCCUAAUGCCUUGAGACGAACUACGACGGCCAGUGCUGCUGUUACCGCAGCGCAGCAACAGGAAUCACCCACAAUGACAACUACCGCUAGUGCGUUGGCACGUGCUUUCGGAAUUGUCUUGAGACAAAUUUCAGAUUUGAUCGGUAUGCUGCCGACUAGCUUUACGGGUGCGUCGUCCGCGUUGGAUGUUACUCAUCAGGAGGCAGUUCAAUUGCAAAUGUACGUUGAGAAACGGCUCAGACCUACUUGGGAGUGGAUUCUAACCGUUAUGGAGGCUACAGAAGCUCAGCUUCGGUUCGGUGCUUCGUUAACGGAUUCUACGGAUUCGACUCAUCCACUACACCCGUUGAAUACACCGAGUUCAUCGAACAAUAAUAACAACACAUCCAGCGGUAUUAUGACCGGAGUGGUUGCACGCAGUAGAAAUCGAGCUGCCAUCAGUACUUUAGGUGCAACCACCGCUCGAAGUCUCGGAUUCAGUGACAACAGUAACAACGAGCGCAGCACGCGAGAUGGAUCAUCUUCAUCAGAUGCCGCCUCAAGUCGUCGCGAUUUCCUGACCUACUGUCUGUCGCUGAUGCGAGCACACAAUUCGGAACAUCGGGACUUCCUGCCGGUGUUGGACGUGACGGCACUGCGUCAUGUGGCGUAUGUUCUGGAUGCCAUUCUGUUCUAUAUGCGGGCUACCAACGAUUGUGACAUAGAUCGUACCACAACCGGUUCGAAUGUGUGGGACGAUCAAGAUGAGAACGAAAACGAAGAUACCGAAGAGGACAUUUCGACUUCGAUUGUGAUGGACACCGAUUCGGUGGAUGAUGAUAUGAUGCGCCCGUCCUUAGGACGUCGGCAUUCGUUUUUCCAGCGGUCCGAUUCGACGCUGUGUUUAGGAUGUCCCGCACCGGAUCCCUUCAACAAUGCGCUAGCGGAAGCAUUACCGCUUGCCGAUCAGCCCCAUCUGCUGCAACCGAACGCUCGCCGGGAAGAAUUAUUCGGUAUGCCGAAACGUCCGAUAACAUUGCCUGCCAAUACGUCACAACCACCGACCGGUGAUGGGAAUGUAAACCUAGAAAUUCCACCAGUUCGACUGAGUUUGUCAUCUGGCAUUAGAGACGAUGGAUCCGUCACACAGGGAGAAGGUUCGGCUGUAACCGGAGGAAACGUUGAGACUGUUGCGAUGGAAAUUUAUCAAGAUGAGUCAUCUCAAGACAGAAAACAAAGUAGCACCAGUGGUACGGUUGAAAUUGCCAUUCCGGUCAGUAUCUACCAGGAUGCGAAACAGCACAAAACCACGAUCGUUGUGAAUGAGAAAGGCGAACCCGUUACUCCGGCCAAAGAAAUCCCGGUUGGUUCGGAUGCGGAACCGAAAGCCGGCCCGUCUGGUGAGCAAUCACAAUCUCCGAAACCACCACCACCGCCACCGCCGGUUGCGACCGGAUCGAGUUCAUCUGGAGAAGUCUACUACAAGAAGAACCGACUAUUCUACAUCAAAAACAAGUACAAUGAGGAAUCCGAUAUAGAUAUCGACGAAAUAAGCAUUAGUUCCGAUGAGCCGCAGGAUUUAUCACAGUGUAUUAAACUGGAUCUAGACACAGAUCAAGAUCAUGACGAAUUGUCCGAAUCCGACUCGGAGGAUUCACAUCAGAUUAUAAAACGUCAGAAAAUGGAUGAAAGCGUAACGAAUGAAGAUGGGGGUUCGGUUGUUGUGGGUUCCCAGGAUGCUUCCGCAUCAACAAUUCGGCCACCGAUUAUUGUCACACGUCGGAAAGUAGCCAUGGAAACGUCGCAGCAGCCAAGCGGAAGUGGAUCAGAUGGACCACCUGCCGUAAUUACACCGCAGAGUAGUUCCGCGUCUGUAUCAUCCUUAUCGGAGCAACAGGGCAGUAUGGCUUCGUUUGUGACAUACUCGACGUCACAAGUGACGGUAGCUACCGGAUCUGGAACGGUUGUAGCCGCCAGUGGAUCCCCCGGAAAAAGUGUUAUCGUUCGGGCUGGACCAUCAACGUCAUUCUCGCCAUCAUCUAACGCUACAACUGAGGUAAUACAACAUGCGGAAGCAAUGGAUUUACAGGAAAUUUCCGCUCACGUUACAGUUGAAACGACACCAAAUGUGCAGCAGACAGUUCAGCAAGAACUUCCCCCACGGGGAAUUUAUCUCCGUUCCGGCAAUCAAAUGAACUCGUCCAUUCUAUCCGACAUUCUGCUAGGCCGUUGGCGUCUAUCGUUGAUAUUGUUUGGACGGGUAUUCCUCGAAGACGUAGGCAUCGAGCCGGGCAGUGUUAUCUACGAACUGAACGGAUUCCCCGUAAAAGAAGCAAAGUUCAGGCGGUAUAUGGAGAAAUUACGCAAUGCACAGCAGAAAGAUCUUACGUUGUCGAAGAUGGAGCGAAACAGGGCGGCACUGCUAACGCAGACGUUCAAAGAACUGAACACCCACUACAACAACCGAAGACUGCAAUCACCGUUGGCGUUUAGUCGAGUGAAAGUAACGUUCAAGGACGAACCUGGAGAAGGUUCCGGUGUUGCCAGAAGCUUCUACACUUCAAUUGCGGAAGCACUUCUAGCAAAUGAAAAAUUGCCUAAUUUGGACGCAGCGCAAACCGGUGCAGCAAAGUAUACAUCCGUUCCUUUCAAUAGUAUGUUACAGCGACCGCGUGGUACAAGCGGAAGCGGUUCCACACCUGCUGUCGGUGGCGGUAAUGGCAACGGAGGUACCAAUCGGGAUUCUAAUGUACGCCGUGGAUUGUCCAGCAAGCAACCGUUGUGGAGGCCAAAUCGGGACUCGAGAAAAACGCUUAAUUACGACGCAAGGCCAUUCCGACCGGCUAGCGAGCAGGUUCAAGGACCUAGCAGUGGCAACGCAGGCGUCGGUGGAAACAAUAGUCCACCAUUCUUGCAAAUUAACGAUACUCUACCCGCCCAUCAACAACAGCUUGGAGAGCGUUUGUAUCCAAAAGUCCAAGCAUUAUAUCCAAACAAUGCACCGAAAAUUACUGGAAUGUUGUUGGAUCUGCCGGCAACUCAGAUUCUAAUGCUGCUGGCUUCGGAAGAGAGCCUUCGUCAAAAGGCUAAUGAAGCACUGGAGAUUAUUCUGAGUCGACAACGAUUAGAAAUAGAUAAUUUGAGUGUUGCCGGGGCCCCUGGAUCAUCGGCAUCGGUGACUGUCGCAGGAAGUCCAGUCGAACAACAACAAACCACUGGAAACACUAUAUACUCACCAAAUCAGAACGCGGGUCUGUCGAAAAAAAGUGGUCCGGUUUUGAUUUUAGAAGACUGUCAACUUGACGCCCCGCUUUUCUAUUCGCCUGGUAAGCGCGGAUUCUACAGUCCUCGUCAAGGGUAUCCUUCCAGUGAACGACUGAAUGCAUUUAGAAAUGUUGGAAGGCUGAUCGGACUGUGUUUAUUACAAAACGAACUGUUUCCACUGUUCCUUCAACGACACGUUCUUAAGUAUGUCCUGGGCCGGCAGAUCCGUUUUCACGAUCUGGCAUUCUUCGAUCCGGUUGUGUACGAUUCGUUGCGACAGCUGGUGAAAGAUUCGCAAACCAAGAGUGGAAUCACCAUUCUGCAGAGCUUGGAGUUGAAUUUUGUUAUCGAUCUAAUUCCCGAGGAAGGCUCCGGUACCGUUGAGUUGGUGCCUGGUGGACGAGACAUUCAGGUGAACGAAACUAACGUGUUUGACUAUGUUCGCAAAUACGCCGAAUAUCGUAUGAUUAAAACCCAGGAGAAAGCACUAGACGCAUUGCGCUCAGGUGUAUUUGAUGUGCUGUCUGACACGGCACUGGAUCAACUUACAGCGGAAGAUCUGCGGCUACUGCUGAAUGGCGUCGGUGACAUUCACGUCGGAACCUUAAUCUCGUAUACUUCGUUCAAUGACGAAUCGAAUGAAAGCAGUGACAAGUUGCUCAAAUUUAAACGGUGGCUAUGGAGUGUGGUGGAAAAGAUGAGUAAUUUGGAACGGCAGGAUUUGGUCUACUUCUGGACCGGAUCACCCGCCUUGCCGGCGUCCGAGGAAGGCUUCCAACCAAUGCCAUCGGUUACAAUUCGUCCUGCCGACGAUGCUCAUCUGCCGACGGCCAAUACUUGCAUAUCCCGGUUGUACAUCCCGCUAUACUCAAGCAAAGCAGUUCUCCGACACAAAUUAUUGUUGGCGAUUAAAACGAAAAAUUUUGGAUUUGUCUAAAAAUGGAACAACGGAAUAAUCAGCUUUACUUUAUCGAAUAAAAUAAUUGCACCAGUGAUAGAGCGAUGAGGCAGCGAAACAACCAACACCCAAGAGAGAGCACAUGAUCGAUGUUUAAGUUCUGUUUAACGCAUUAAAUUCAUUCCGCUCCUUUCGUAUGUAAAUAUUUCGUUAAACUGCGUUUAUUUUCGCUAAGAAAUCUUAUUUUGGAUUUGCUCCCUGCUCAGACGUGAAAUUCGGAUGUCAACGUUCGCGGAAUCUGAUAGCCAGCGAACGCUGUAAUAACGGAUCAAAACUUCAACCAAACUUGUGUGAAUCCAGUCACACAAGCAAAAAAAAUAAUAUAAAAUAAAGCAAACACGCCACGCGUUCGCUUUUUGUUUUUCUUUGUCUGUAGCUGAGCAAAAGGAAGAGAAAUAAAAUCGUCGCGUUUUAAUGUGAUUGAAUCAUUUAUAUGUUCGAUAUAAAUGCAACUAUAAAUAAAUUUAUAUAUAUUUAUCAUAUACAAAGUUAAAAACGUAAAAUACUGUAGCGUUAAAAGUAAGACAGAGUUCUUUAGAAGCAACAACACGUAGAUAGACUUAGGUUCAGCUCUAAAUAAUGAAAUGAGAGGGUGUAUGAAAACAGCAGCAAAUAAGGCUCCUUCGACUCAGUAUCGUACUAGGGUCAAAGCACAGGCACCAGGCUUGACGUUCUACAAGUAGAAUGCGCGAAAAGAUAGAACGAAGUGACACGCAAUGAGAGGAUUUUGAUUUGCUCUACUAGAACAUGAAUUUUGUUAUUCGUAUUUCCGUUUUUAUUAAGUUUCAUCGAACUAACCGUCUCAAUAUUUUCUAAAUAUUUUUGUUUGCCGUUUCUAGUUUCUUCUUUCAUCUUCUUUUUUGUUGUGAAAAAUGAACGACUUAUAAAACCGCCAUGAGAGUUAGCAAAAUUCAAAUAUCAGGAACCGGGAAAAAGAUCGGAUGUUCGAUACUAACACGAACGCGCACUUUCUUCUGUAAAACUGUGUAAUUGAAUUGAUAACAGCUGGAACAUCUAACCAACUAUAAUAAUUAUUACUGGAGUCAACUGAACUAUUAUUUCGUAAUUUCAAGGAAAUACACUUAUAAUGAGAAAAAAAA